CUGCACAUUGUGCUCAGACCGGGCCAGCCAGCCAAGGUUACACAGUCGUUUUCUCUCCCCGCCUCUGAAGGUAGACAGUCCACGGCAAACAGCUGCGGCUCUUCAUCCACACUCAACAUUUCGCCACCGGACGGCUGGGGGACUUUGUGGUGACAAAUGGAGACCUUCAAUCAUAAACUGAACACUUACAUAGGGUCAUGGAUGGGUCCCAGAGAUCAGCGAGUGAAGGGAUGGCUGCUGCUGGACAACUACCCACCAACCUUUGCACUCACAGUCAUGUACCUUCUGAUCGUGUGGAUGGGGCCCAAGUACAUGAAACACAGGCAGCCGUACUCCUGCAGAGGCCUCCUGGUGCUCUACAAUCUGGGCCUCACACUCUUGUCUUUCUACAUGUUCUAUGAGCUUGUUACUGCUGUGUGGCACGGUGGCUACAACUUCUACUGCCAGGACACUCACAGUGCACAGGAAGUGGAUAACAAGAUUAUAAAUGUCCUGUGGUGGUAUUACUUCUCCAAGCUCAUCGAAUUCAUGGACACAUUUUUCUUCAUACUACGAAAGAAUAAUCAUCAGAUCACGUUUCUUCACAUCUACCACCACGCUACCAUGCUGAAUAUCUGGUGGUUCGUUAUGAACUGGAUACCCUGCGGCCAUUCGUACUUCGGUGCGUCCCUAAACAGCUUCGUCCACGUCGUGAUGUAUUCUUACUACGGCCUCUCAGCCAUCCCAGCCAUGCGGCCGUACCUUUGGUGGAAGAAAUACAUCACGCAGUUACAGCUGAUCCAGUUCUUUUUAACCAUGUCCCAGACAAUGUGUGCAGUCAUAUGGCCAUGUGACUUCCCCAUGGGAUGGCUGUACUUCCAAAUAAGUUACAUGGUCACCCUCAUUAUCCUUUUCUCAAACUUCUACAUUCAGACGUACAAGAAGCACAGUGGUUCUCUAAAGAAGGAGCACCAGAACGGCUCUCCUGUAUCAACAAAUGGACAUGCAAAUGGGACGCCAUCUAUGGAGCACAAUGUACACAAGAAACUGAGGGUGGAUUGACAUUUGCGAAACCGAUGCUCACUCUAGUGUGUUAGCUAUUGCUGCUAGGAGGUAUAAUUAUCUUCUUAUCUAGAAUAAUCUAGCAUUCACUUGAUGAAAUAAGCCAUAGCCACAUAUAUCCAGAGACUUUCCAUGUUUUUGCACACACUGCUACUCAUGGCAUUGAAUUAUGAAAUUAAUAUAGUUUAAAGAGAAGAGUAUUGUAGUAUGGCUGACGCUGCACAACGUGUCCUCCCCCACCCUCUAGAGGAAAUUCAUUCCAAAGCGAAAGAUCUUGUUCUUGCUACCAGCAAACAAACACGUAUUUUGACUCAUUCAACGAUGCUUUACACACAGGAAGUCCAAAGAUGAAAGCUCCAGCGAGUGUGUUGGCAGCUGAAGGUUUCAUUACACUCAGUGACAUCAACUUAAGGGACAAUUAAAACAACACAGUGCUUACUAUGGUCUUUAAUGUCUAACUAGAGCAUGCAUCUUGCGUCUUGCCUUAUCUAACUCCUGCCUGUGCUAAAUUUUGCCCUUUAUAACUGUAAUGCAUUUUAUUAGCAGGUAUUGUAGUAACAACAGAAGUUGCAUAUUGCUGUAUAUUUGCAGCGCAGGGUCUUCAAUUUGGAAUAUUUAGCCAUCUAACCAAAGCAUAACCAAAGCAUAUAAUGUACAUUCAUAUGCAAGGCUUCAUUUUUAAACCAGUUCAAGACACAAUUUUAGAGGGCAGUUGUUGUGUUUUAUGAGCACAAUUUAAACUCAGUCCUCCUUAGAAUCCCCUAUGUUACAAAGAUCAGUUUUUCUCCUUUCUCACUGUGUUAUAUCUACUAUAGCUUUAUCCAGUAAAUGCAGUUAGAACUUCAAAAAACACUUUAUAUUCAAAUAAAUUUUACUAUAUAGUUGAGAAUGAAAGCUCGCUAUUGACCAUGGAAACAGCAGAUGAAAAAACAAUCUCACCACAGUGUCCAUUUACAGCAGUAGAUGCUCUGGUGGUUUUGCUUGUCACACGAUCUUCACCAACACAUGGAUUUUUCCCAGGUGUCCAGAGAAGUUUUUAACAUGCUCAGAAAAAUCGAAACAUAAACCUCAUCUUGAGGUUUCUGUUUUAAUGUUUUAAUCAUCAUGAGCUGCUGGACACUUGAACUUCACCCUAGGGUAUAAAUAAAGUAUAGAUCUAUCUAUCUGCUGAGGAAGAUCAGAUGAUACAAACAAAAGCGCCAGAACAGCUACUAAAUGGACCUCGUAGUGGAAUUAUUUUGUCAAUUAGUUAUUUUUUUUAUUUUUGAGUCUAUACAUAAAUAGGGUGCCUUCUGGACCAGUUAAUUUGGUUUCUAAUGUAGCAUUUCUCAUCUUUUCAAUAUGCUCUCAUCCUGCCUCAUGUUGGUCCAUUUCAGACUAAUAUGUGUCAAACUUCCUGUUCAAAUCCUGUGCCUGACUCUUCGCUUGUUUUUUGUUUUUUUUAAUUAUCAAAUGUCCUAAAUCAUCAUUCCUAACAUCUGGCACAUACUACAUGCAAUAGUGAUGUUUAUCUUAGGUUAGAUCAAGAUCAAUACCACUUUCACGGUUAGCCUAGCUUAGCAUAAAGACUGGAAACUGGGGGAAACAGGUAGCCUAGCUCUGUCCAAAGGUAGAAGAAAUCUGCCUACCAAAACCUCUAAAGCUCACUUUAAAUCUUAUUACCUUUGGAAGAGAGCCAAACCUGCUGUUUCCAGUCUUUACACUAAGCUAAGCUAACUGGAUGCUGGCUGUAGCCUUAUAUUUAAUGCACAGAUAUGAGGUAUCUUCUCAACUAUUGCUCAGCAAAACUAUUCCUUAAGCAUUCUCCAAAACACAAAACAAAAAAAAACAAAAAAAAAAAUCAGAACUGUUUUUCUUUUUCUCUUUCUGAGUUUUUGCGAUGUAAAAACAAAGUCGUUACAUGAAAAUUAUUUUUUUGUGGGGAAAGAAGGUUGUAGUGAUGCAACUAUUUAUUCCUUUGUGUUCCUUGUGUUAUUUUCCUUUUACCAUUGUCGGGGGUCUAUUGUACACAGUAAAUGCUGGUAAAGAAAACAAAAGGUACAAAGAUGUUUGAAUUGUGAACUGUUAAUGCGACGCCCUCGCUAUGGUGCACUGCUGCGUCGCUCUACCAUGCUGAUUCAAUUUAAUGAGAUGCUGUAUGGCCUUAACCAUUGAAUGAGCAUGACAUGUUGCUCAAAUGUAUAGGUGACCUACAUUCAUGUUCAGUGCAUCAGAAAUGAUUGUUAAAAUCUGAAUAAUACAUACAAAGGCCUCAGUUUCUCUGCAUGAUAAAUCUGGUUCUCAGGCCAAUAACACAAAGCUGGUUUAACAAGCAUGAACCGCAUCUACUCAGAAAUUUAACAAUAGUGAAUUUGUUUUUAAUUUCCAGCUACACUUCAUCACUGGUACAGUUCAUCUGUUGUACAAGGUGUCAGCACUGAAGGUAACAGGGUUUACAUAUUCACAGGCAGGAUUGGCAUUAGCAUUAAAUUACUCCCCAACUGAUAAAGGCCAAAGAAGCAUACAGGUAUGAGAUAUUACAUUUUAUAAACUGUUAAAAUAAAUGGUUACAUUUUUGAAAUUUGCGGUAAAUGUGGGUUAAUACGCUUUGACUCAUGCUUUACUCACUGUAACAUUAAAAACAAACUGAGAUUGUAAACCUGCUGGUUUUCCUUCCUUGAAAAUGAUGUAAACACUACAAAUAAUAUUGCCCCUGUAGGGCAACAGAGGUGAGAGUUCAUUGAGCCUCAUACAUAUUUUGAAUUUUAAUUGUAUUAAUUCAAUGGUUUGGGACAACAUUUAUCAGCCAUGCUUUGUGUUUUAUGCUAUUUUAGCAUGCUAACACGCUAAACAAAAGUGUUGAAUAUUAUACCUGCUGAACCUCAGCAUGUUAAGGCAAAAUUGAGCAUGUUAACAUGCUGACUUUAGCAUUUAACUAAAACCACUGCAUGGCCGUUGACUUAUGAAUUUUAGUGAAUAUGAUGCAAGUCAGAUUCUUUUUCCAAACUGGCUCUGAUGAACAAAAUAUACUCUAAUAUCAACUUUGCUUUAUCAGAGUAUUAAAAAAAUUGUUUAGAGAAGCUUUUUGAAUGAAAGUGUCAACAAAUAUUUCAAAUAUUUAGUUGGAUUUGUAAAGUCCAUUCCUACUUUGGUUCUCAGGUGAUGAAGUAUUAUGUGUUUCUAUAGAAGAGUUUUUUUUGUUUGUUUUUUUCAAAUGUUGUAAACAAAUCAGAUAUAAUACAGGUUCUAUAUAGUGAAGAAAAACGUUAGAAGAGGAUAGAUGCUCUCCAAAUAUAGUAGUUUUGGAUUGUCGCACAUUCAAGACUAUGAUAUUGAAUACUAAAAUUAUUAACACGAGUUUUCCCUGAAAGAUACUUCCAGAGCCUUUCUCCUAUGUUGCUACUUCAAUACUUAAUAAAGAAAUGUUAGUAUUCAUUUGAGUUUUUGCUCCUAAGCCUUGGAAAACCCAUCUUUUGUAGUACUGCUGUAGUGCUAACAGGUCUUAAUGUAGUUCAUCUAGCUACUGGUCCAGUCAGUGUCAUCAUCCACUGACUGGUGAAAAUUAUUUUGCUAACAGAAAAAAUAUAUAGAUUGGCAGGUAAAAUAAUGGCAUAAUGACAACAGCAGUGAUUCAAACAACAGUGCUGAAAAGCUUCAAAUCAUUAUAUUUCUUUAUAGAAAUGACAGCAGCUUCAUAGUUCCAAUUAAAAUGUCUUACUGUAAAUUAGCCAAAUAAAAACACCAAUGUUCUCCGUUUC